UCUAUUAGCGUCACGGGACCCGCUAUAAAACCCGAGAGUCUCUUCACAGCCCCCCAGAAAUAAAUAAUAAUAAAUAAUAGCCCAGCUCUCCGCAGAAGCACCACUCUGUACUACUGAGGGGCAUGAGACUGACAAGGAGAACUGCAACCAAGAUCUAAAAAAUGACCAAAUCGUAUGGAGAGAAUGGGCUGAUCCUGGCCGAGACUCCGGGCUGCAGAGGAUGGGUGGACGAAUGCCUGAGUUCUCAGGAUGAAAACGAUCUGGAGAAAAAGGAGGGAGAGUUGAUGAAAGAAGACGAUGAAGACUCACUGAAUCAUCACAAUGGAGAGGAGAACGAGGAAGAGGAUGAAGGGGAUGAGGAGGAGGAGGACGAUGAAGAUGAUGAUGAGGAUGACGACCAGAAACCCAAAAGGCGAGGACCGAAAAAGAAAAAAAUGACGAAAGCCCGGGUGGAGCGAUUUAAAGUGAGACGCAUGAAGGCAAACGCCAGGGAGAGGAAUCGCAUGCACGGACUCAACGAUGCCCUGGACAGUCUGCGCAAAGUUGUGCCCUGCUACUCCAAAACACAAAAGUUGUCUAAGAUUGAAACUCUGCGCCUGGCUAAGAACUACAUCUGGGCUCUUUCUGAGAUUUUAAGGUCCGGCAAAAGCCCAGACCUGGUGUCCUUUGUACAAACUCUCUGCAAAGGUUUGUCGCAGCCCACCACCAAUCUAGUAGCGGGGUGUCUGCAGCUGAACCCCAGAACUUUCCUUCCUGAGCAGAGUCAGGACAUCCAGUCGCACAUGCAAACAGCGAGCUCUUCCUUCCCUCUGCAGCCCUAUCCCUAUCAGUCCCCUGGUCUUCCCAGUCCCCCCUAUGGUACCAUGGACAGCUCCCAUGUAUUCCACGUCAAGCCUCACUCCUAUGGGGCGGCCCUGGAGCCUUUCUUUGACAGCAGCACCGUCACUGAGUGUACCAGCCCGUCAUUCGAUGGUCCCCUGAGCCCACCCCUUAGUGUUAAUGGGAACUUUACUUUUAAACACGAGCAUUCGGAGUAUGAUAAAAAUUACACGUUCACUAUGCACUAUCCUGCAGCCACUAUAUCCCAGGGCCACGGACCAUUGUUCUCCACGGGGGGACCACGCUGUGAAAUCCCAAUAGACACCAUCAUGUCCUAUGACGGUCACUCCCACCAUGAAAGAGUCAUGAGUGCCCAGCUAAAUGCCAUCUUUCAUGAUUAACCCUUGGAAGAUCAAAACAACUGACUGUGCAUUGCCAGGACUGUCUUGUUUACCAAGGGCAGACACGUGGGUAGUAAAAGUGCAAAUGCCCCACUCUGGGGCUGUAACAAACUUGAUCUUGUCCUGCCUUUAGAUAUGGGGAAACCUAAUGUAUUAAUUCCCACCUCUUUCCAAUCGACACUCCUUUAAAUUCUGGUGUGUAUUUUUUUUUAUCUGAACCAGAUAAAAAAAAAAGGAAAAAAAAAAAACAACAACAAAAUAAUCACAAGCAAUAAUUAGGAUCUAUGCAAUUUUUUUUUCAACGAAUAGUAGGCCAAUUAAAGAAAUAUAUAUAUAUAUAAAUAUAUAUUUUUCAACCGACAUUUUACUACUUGUUGUUAUUGUACCCAUGCCGAAUUAUUUUGUUGUGAUUUUUUGUACAGAAUUUUUUGAUGAACUUUUUACAAUGUAAAUGUUCCUAUUUUUAGAAGAAGAAAAAAAAAACAUGCAGCUCCAUCAAUUUUUUUUUAUACAUAAGGAAAGUAGAAUUCUAUCUAAUUUAUACGAAAUACGUUGAACUAAUUUAAAUCAGCAGCAAAGUGCUUAGAAAGUUGUGUUGCCUUAGAGACAAAACACACGUCAAUUAUAAACAUUAUUCUUUCAAUUUUAUUUUUAUUUUUGGGAUAGUUUUAAUUUUCUCAAAAUUCUACAAAAGUCAUCAAUAAUGUUUUUUUGUUUGUUUUCAAAUGAAUGCUGCUUGACUAUCAUAAACUUAUUUGCACUCUUCGUCCUUUUAUUUUUUUUUGUAGUUAUUUUAAUCAAAAUUGAUGAAAUUGAUGAAAUAUAACAAUGUGACCCAUACAGGUUCUAUCACACUCAUUAAUGGUAAACGAAUUGCGAGUGGGUUGUACUCAGUGGUUCCUUUAGUGCAGUAGUCUCAGCCAAUGGCAACCUUAUAAUAUAAUCGGUGGAUAGCGUCAUAGAUAUCGCAUGUUAAUCCAGUGCAAAUUUUCAGCGCUGUUUCAAGUGUAUUGCUGGUUCACAGGGCAUUGAUUUUGUACUGUUAUUUUGUUUGUAAUCAUGUAUAUGCUAUAAUGUACUGCACACCGGGGGCUCAGAGCACACAGGUUCAUCUAAAAUUAAAUUUUGGUGAAAAUAUUGCUUCAAUAUGUUUUUUUAAUUUUUUUUUCUGGAAUGUAUGCAAUUCCUAUGGGAUUAUUGUUUAACUCUGACAGCUCAUAUUAGUGCAUUGUUUAUUAUUUGUAGAAUAAAAUGAUUAAAACAAGAA